GCUGCAUCAGCCCAGCUCGAGGAGGAGAGGAAGCUGCGAUGUGGCGCUGCUGAAGUUCACACCGCGGCCGAGAGCGACGGUCUGACUUCUUGGGCGGCUUUUGCCAGCGGCUAUGGCGUCCGCACUGGGCUCCCGCACGCUCAGCAAGGAUGACGUUAACUAUAAACUGCAUUUUCGGAUGAUCAAUGAGCAACAGGUGGAGGAUAUCACCAUAGACUUCUUCUACAAACCGCACACGAUCACUUUACUCACCUUCACUGUGAUCAGCAUCAUGUACUUCGCCUUCACCAGGAAUGAUUCCGAUCCUGACAAUAACCUGCGUGUAGGCCUUGCUCUGGUCGUGUCCUUCUUCCUUGUUAUUAGUGUUCUGGCGUUCCCUAAUGGUCCAUUUACCAGGCCGCACCCAGCUAUAUGGCGCAUGGUUUUCGGUCUUAGUGUCCUUUACUUCCUUUUUUUGGUGUUCCUCAUUUUCCUGAACUGGGACCAGGUGAAGAUCUUUAUGUACUGGCUGGACCCUGAUCUAAAAUAUGCUACCCGUGAGGCUGAUAUUAUGGAAUAUGCAGUAAACUGUCAUGAUAUCACAUGGGAGCGCAUCCUGAGUCACUUUGACAUCUUUGCUUUUGGGCACUUCUGGGGCUGGGCAAUGAAGGCCCUGCUCAUCCGCAGCUAUGGCCUCUGCUGGACCAUUAGCAUCACGUGGGAACUCACAGAGCUGUUCUUCAUGCACCUGCUGCCUAACUUUGCUGAAUGCUGGUGGGACCAGGUUAUUCUUGACAUCCUCCUGUGUAACGGAGGCGGUAUCUGGCUUGGCAUGACUGCGUGUCAUUUUCUAGAGAUGCGCACCUACCACUGGGCCAGUAUCAAGGACAUCCACAGCACCACAGGGAAGCUAAAGCGUGCUGUCCUACAGUUCACCCCUGCCAGCUGGACCUACGUACGCUGGUUUGACCCCAAGUCCUCCUUCCAGAGGGUGGCAGGCAUAUACCUCUUCAUGAUUUUCUGGCAGCUAACAGAACUGAACACGUUCUUCCUGAAGCACAUUUUCGUAUUCCAGGCCUCUCACCCCCUCAGCUGGUGCAGAAUUCUCUUCAUUGGGAUCAUCACUGCCCCCACUGUGCGGCAAUAUUAUGCAUACCUCACAGACACUCAAUGCAAAAGAGUGGGGACCCAGUGUUGGAUGUUUGGAGCCAUUGCUUUCCUGGAAGCCGUGGCUUGUGUUAAGUUUGGGCAGGAUCUGUUCUCCAAAACACAGGUUGUGUAUGUGGUCCUGUGGCUCUUGUGUGUGGCCUUUAUUACCUCUCUCUGCCUCUAUGGGAUGGUGUGGUAUGAGCAGAACUGCGGUGUGAGGCUCAAGAGCACCUCUGAUUUUGACGACGGCAGCUUUAUUGAUUCAUGCGGUUACAUUCCUGAAACUAUCAAAGCUGAAAGACACUCCAGCAACCAUUCCCAGUCGUCCAGCAGGAGAAGAGGGCGCUCGGGGAAGAACAAAGCUAAUGGAACAAGCAACAAGCAGUAGCUCCGGUUGGAUGCAGGGUUCUCUCAAUGCACCCACACACAAGAGGGUGAUAAAGCAUUAGAAAGAGUUAAUGAGUUUACAAGGAUUAUAAUAAUAGGGAGAGAGGAGCGAGAGCGGUAUUGUGAACAACCUACAACUGCUUGCACAUCGUGCUCCUCAGCACUAGGUUCUUGACCAAUGCACUAGCAAAGAAACAAAUGAAAGUUAAUUACAUGAUCUUCAGGGUUGGUGGUACACAAGUUGUAUUCCAAAUAGCACUCACUGCAGAAAGUAUUGGUACUGAUUAUUAUGCCAGUGUCUAUUAUUCCAAUUUGGGUAACAAACAGUUUUAAGGAACACUACGUGUCCAAAAGUUUGACACCUGCUCAUGUUUCUUCUGAAAUCAGGGUUUUACACUAGAUGUUGUGAGAAUUUGAUUGCAUUUCGCUACAAGAGUGUUGGUGAGGUCAGAUAAUGAUGUUGGAUAAUUAGUUCAGGGUCAGAAAUGCCACUCCCGUUCAUCCCAAAGGUACUGGAUGGAGCUCCAUCACUCCACAAAAACACUGUUCCACGGCCCAAUGCUGGGGGGAGGUGUUAUAACCUGUAGCUGAUGUUUGGCACUGCGUCCUAUUUUAGUGGCAGUGCUUUACUAUGGAGAUUUGAACACUUUUUUGGACAUUAGUGUAGACAUUGGGAUGUAUGUGUGUGACUGACACUUUUUCCUGUUUAUUAUAGCACUCGUCCACUUUAUUUCUUUUCUUUCUUAUUUCUUGCGCUGCUAUUAAUAGGAUAGUCCUGUAGUUAAGGAUGUAACUUUACAAACUGUUAUAUUUAAAGCUACACAACUGUAUCUGAAUCUACUUACUAAUCUCUCUCUCUCUCUCUCUCUCUCUCUCUCUCUCUCUCUCUCUCUAUCUAUCUAUCUAUCUAUCUAUCUAUCUAUCUAUCUAUCUAUCUAUCUAUCUAUAUCUCUAUCUCUAUCUUUCUCUCUUUCUCUUUCUCUUUCUUUCUCUACAUAUAUAUAUAUAAAUUACAUCCGUAAUGAUAGACAUGUCCAACAACAUUCCUAUAAAGCACUACUUUGUUGCUUCUCUUAACUGUUGUAAUUUUUUGCAUGCACACUGCCCUGGAAGAUUCCUUUAAUCUGCAUACACCUGGAAGUGGAAUGAAAAAAGUACGGAUGCACUGAUCAUGAAUGGCCAAUUGCGAUCUAUUUACAGCUAAUAUUUUUUUUUUUUAUGAUUUUUUUCCACACACAGCAAAUAAAUGCAUAAAACACACUAGCACAUUUCCUGUUAAGUAAGAGGCAGCUGACUUUUUUGCACAAUCAUGCGUAAUUAUAAUUAUUCUACAGAAUUUUACUAUAGAUGUUGCAACAGCAUUCAAAUACAGUGUGACUGCAUUUAACCGGUUCACGUCAUAGAAUUGCAAUGCAGAGCGGCCAAAAAUCAGAAUCAUAAAGUCUCUGAAUGAUGAUCCUAAUCUUGGAUGAUUCUGCGUCCCUGGGGAAAGAAAAAGUUUCAUAGGUGUCCAGCAGUGAUGCUUUAAAGGUUUCAUGACAGGAUCUUCAGUAACCACUUACAGUUGUAUGUGAAAGUUUGAACACCCCCUCUCAGUUUACUUGUUUUGUUGAAGUGAAAAUAAGUUAACAGAUCCUCUACAAGGAGAAGGCUGAAAUAUCACAUUUUCUGCAAAAUACAAAUUCAUAUCUUAGAGAAAAAAAACUUUUGCACAUUUUCUGUUUUAUUUUUUCAAAUUCAGCAAAUAAACAGUAAUUGUGGAUUAAAAUGUGCAGACGUGUGUUCUGUGUUGCAGAUCUGUGAACUUAUUUUCACGUUUAAAAUGGAAAACACAUGAGAUUUGACCAGGAACAGCCAAACUUUCGCAUACGACUACCGAGCCAUGGCUUCUAGACUUUCCUAUUAUAUCAAGGGCUAUUCCUGAAGUUGCUUUGAAAUUAUGUGUGAUAAUUUGUAAUAAUGUAGACUGACUUUUCUUUGUCUAACUGCACUGUUUUAUAAUCUGUUGAGCACAUGCUUUCCCUGCCAGUCACUCCUUCCUGUGCGCACGUGUGUGAAUGUGAACACACUAUGCAAACAGUGUCGUUUUCUUCCGUCAAAAGGCAGUGAAGUUGCUUUGGCCUUUUUUCUGUUCUUGAUUUAAAAUAAGUGAAUGUUUGUGAGUUCCAGCACAGUUAUUUUCCCUGAAUGCUUUAAAGGGGUCAAAUAAUUGGAGGUAUUACUACAAGGUACUGUCUAAAGGCUCUUUGUGUGCUGAAUUUCGAAUGAGUCCUGUGAGUAAUGGUGUGAGAAGUUUCUUUUUUUCCCCCAGUUUAUCUGAUAAGGCCUAAUAAUGUCUUCUAAAAAAACAUUUAACAUACAAUAUUUUUGUUUAGCAUGAUCUCUAUUUUUAAACUCCAUGUUAAUGCAUGUGUUCUGUUCUGCAGUUCCUAUGGUUUCAAUGAGGCAACUGAAAAGUUCCAUUGAUUUGAAGUUUCAGUGUUGGCAGGUUGCAGGCUGUAGGUGCUCCAAUGAUUUUGAGAGUUUUUCUCUUUAAUGAGUGGCCACUGCAAAGCGGUUGAAUUUUUUUUUUUUAAUUGUUCUCUGUUUAUGAGAUUGUAUGUGUUGGAUCUAAAGUUUCCACUGCAGUAUUUCUAGUUGGACCAUUUCAGACAUUUUUAUUGCUGUAUGUGUGAAGUUGAAUAAAACAUCCUGGGUUUUAUGUGAGAAAUGGACAGAAGAACCUUGUCAGUAUGAGUCAUUUGUGUUUUUUGAACAUGAGCACCUCCAAGAGGAUUUGGUAGGAAUUGCCUGAGCGCCAAACAUGAAAAAUUGUUACCGAAUAAAGCUUUGGAGCAGAA